UAUUUCGAAAUCCUUAUUUCUAACGGCUAUUUCCAUUUCUACCUCUAUUUUUUUUUUGUCUUCUUUCUUCUUUCUCUACAAAUUCAACGCUCUCUCUUCGUUCAGUUCACUCUCAACUAAACCAAUCCUUUCAAUGGCAGAAAUUAUUCAGGGUCCAAAGGUUCGGGUAGUGGCAAAAAUUCGUGGGUUUUCGGAUCCAGAUAUCAAUUUCGAAACCUCCAGAACCGUGGAGUGGGUUUCCGUCAACACAGAAAGUUCUGGGGAAGUUACCAUCUCUUUUAAAGAACAAUCUUCUAGCCGGUAUGCAGUUGACUACUGCUACAACGAACAUGAAGAUAAUGAAGUAAUCUAUUCAAAGGAGGUGAAACCUCUUGUUUCGGCUGCUUUUGAAGGUAUUAAUAGCACGGUUAUCGCUCAUGGAGCUAGAGGCAGUGGCAAAACUCAAUUAAUUCAGGGCUCUUUGGAGAAAUCGGGUUUGGCAAUGCUGGCUAUUUCGGAGUUUCUCUCUGUGGCUGAGAAAAAUGAGAAAUCUAUAGCAGUUUCUUUCUAUGAUGUUGAUCAUCAAGACCAUGCUGCUGAUUUAUUAAAUCCAGAACAAUCACCAAUUUUGGUGCUUGAAGAUCACGGAAGAAUUCAGUUUAAAGGACUUACUCAAACUCCUGUGAAAUCCAUUGCUGAGUUUCAGAAUUUAUACAUCACAGCAUGUUCUGCGCACACGGCUGCACCCAAGAAAGGAUUUGAGGCUGCACCCAAAAAAGGACUUGAGCCUGCUCGGAGAAGCCACUUGGGAUUAAUUGUUCAUGUCUUUGAACAUAAUGAAAGUGCAAAUGGUCUUGUGAGCAAAAUGAAUUUUGUUGAUAUGGCAGGUUAUGAAGAUCCUAGAAGGAAAAGUGGCGAUGCUUCUGGUGUUGCUGAGAAUAACAAAAUUAACAAGUCAAUUUAUGCCUUACUGAAUGUUUGUCAUGCUUUGAGCGCAAAUGAAAGUCGUGUCCCCUUUCGGGAAAGUAAACUCACACGCAUGUUGCAGGACUCCUUGAGGGGAACUAGCAAAGUUUUGCUGGUUUCGUGCUUGAACCCAUCAUUUUGCCAAGACACUGUUUACAUGCUUAGCUUAGCAUCACGGUCAUGUCAAAGGUCUCAUCGAACGCCUUUUGGUUCAACGAUGAAAACUGCUAGUUCAACCAGACAGACAGUGAACUUAGAGUCCACAAAGAAAAUUGCAAGUUCAGCAAGACAAACAGUUACCUUAGAUUCCUCAAAGAAAAUUGCAAGUUCAGCAAGACAAACAGCUACCUUAGAUUCCUCAAAGAAAAUUGCAAGUUCAGCAAGACAAACAGUUACCUUAGAUUCCUCAAAGAAAAUUGCAAGUUCAGCAAGACAAACAAUUACCUUAGAUUCCUCAAAGAAAAGUGUGAGUUCAGUAAGACAGCCAGUUACCUUAGAUUCCACAAAGAAAAGUGCAAGUUCUGUAAGACAGACAGUUACCUUAGAUUCUACAAGGAAAAGUGCAAGUUCUGUAAGGCAGUCAAAAACCUUAGAUUCAACAAGGAAAAGUGAAAAUUCAGUAAGGCAGUCAAAAACCUUAGAUUCAACAAGGAAAAGUGAAAAUUCAGUAAGGCAGACAAAAACCUUAGAUUCAACAAGGAGAAGUGAAAAUUCAGAGACAAAAACCUUAGAUUCCACAAAGAAAAGUGCAAGUUCAGCAAGACAGACAGUGGCCUCAGUUUCCGCGAAGAAAAGUACAGGUUCAGCAAUGCAGUUCGUGACUGUUCGUAAAAACAAGAUACCCAAAAGUGUUUCUGCAUCAACAAAAGAAUUACCAGGUUCCAUAUCUCAUACAUAUGAUGAAGAAACAUGUGUUAUUGCUAUGAAGUCUGAAAUACAAGGAAGGAAAUUGUUUGAUGAAGUCAGCCACUCUGCUGCUAAAGCCGAGAAGGAAAUUACCAUUGCUGAUGUAACCAACACAUCACAGCCUUUACUGGACAAUUCAUUAUCAGAAGAUGUAUAUCAUGUUGAACUAAACUCUAGAGUUGAAAAGGUUGACUCAUCUUUGAAUGCUAGCAGUAAAGUGGAACUUGAUCCCAAAGUGGAAAAGGGUACUUCUUUUGAGGAUAAAGAGGAGACGAAUUAUAUCAUUAAUUACUCCAAAGAUUUGUCAAUGGCUAACGAAGGUCAUAACAUGAACAAGGAGAACAACAACUUAAUGGAAAAUGAAGAUUGUUCACCACCCAUUAGUUCCCAAUUGCGUGAACUUCAGUCUCUCGUUUCAUCAACUCCAUUAUGCAUGCAGUUACCAGAGGAGAAAUUGAUUUCACUUGAUGAUAAUCAAAUUUCUACUAAAACUGCAGAACCAAGAACUUCUGAUACUGAACACCUAGAUGUAAUGAAUAAUAAAAGUUUUUGGGAAACAUUCAACAUGCAUGGUUAUGAAAUGAAGAAUUCUACUGAAGUUUCAGAACCAAGAACUCUUGAUAUUGAAAUACGAGAUGGAAUGAAUGCCAAAAGUCCUUGGGAAACAUUCAACAUGCAUGGUUCUGGAAUGAAGAAUUCUACUGAAGUUACAGAAGAACCAAGAACUCCUGAUAUUGACAUACGAGAUGUAAUGAAUACCAAAAGUCAUUGGGAAACAUUUAACUUGCAUGGUUCUGGAUUCAAGAAUUCUACUGAAGUUACAGAACCAAGAACUCCUGAUAUUGACAUACGAGAUGCAAUGAAUACCAAAAGUCCUUGGGAAACAUUUAUGUUGCAUGGUUCUGGAAGGAAGAAUUCUACUAAAGUUGCAGAACCAAGAACUCCUGAUGUUGACAUACGAGAUGUAAUGAAUACCAAAAGUCCUUGGGAAACAUUUAACUUGCAUGGUUCUGGAAUGAAGAAUUCUCUUGUUAAAGACUACCUUAGAAUUUUAAACACAGCGGAAAAGGAUGAAUUAAAGAAGUUAAAGGGAAUUGGAGAGAAGAGAGCAAACUAUAUACUCGAACUUCGUGAAGAAUCUCCAGAACCUUUCAAGAGUCUUGAUGAUCUGAAGGAUAUUGGACUUUCCGAAAAACAGAUUAAGGGAAUGAUGAAGAAGGAAGUUGGAGAGCUUUUCAAUUAGUUCUAAUAACAUUAUUGAUUGCUUGUAUUAAAAUGAAAUUUAUUCUGGCAACCUAAAGUUGCCUUUGAGCUGUGUGACAUUCAUGUAUGUAUAAAUAAUUCUUUCAUUAUAUAGGAUGAAAUUAUAUAUUGGAAUAUGGAAGCAAAAUGAGAAAAAAAUAACGGUCAAUUAUUUGUAAGUGAGAAUUCUUAAACUUGUUUCCUUGCCUCACAUUUGUUUCUAUUUAAGAAAUAGUUGCCAAAUUAGU